AGCAUAGACAACUGUACUCUUUUGAAGACAUUGGAACAAUUUUCAGACAGAUAAAAAGAGUCUUCUUUGAAGCUCAUGUCCUCUAACCUCAAGAUGAACAACAAUACAUUUGACCCAUUCCAGAUAUUUGAGGUGACUCAUGAUCCAUGUGCCGUACUAUAUGUCCGUGUACUAUGUGGAAAUAAUAUUACAAAGGGCUACUAUCAGGACAUGUUGGAUACCCCUGAUCCUUAUGUGGUGCUCAUGGUGCAAGGUGCCCCAAACUGUUACCAAAGAACGUGUACAAUAGACAACAACACAAACCCGGAGUGGAACGAAACAUUUAAGUUUUACCUCAACCCUAAAAUACCCACAGAAGUCGAGGUAACGUUAAUGGAUGCUAAUUACACCUAUGAUGAAAUGCUAGGACAGCCCCAAAAGAUCACACUAGAUGCUCUUCCAUAUUCUAAAGAAACACACACUCUUAAGUUUAACGAGACCUCAGAAGUUAUAAUUGAAAUGUGGGCACACCAUGGAUGUGAGCCCCAACUUAGGUUUAGUUUAACACUCUGCAGUGAAGAGAGAGCAUUUGUAGAAAGGAGAAGAAAGAAAGUUUUUGAAGCUAUGAAGAAAAUCUUAGGUGAUGAUGCACCAACAAAAGAAAGAGAUGUUCCUAAUAUAGGUGUGAUAGGGUCUGGUGGGGGAUUCCGAGCCAUGACGGCCUACAGUGGGGUAUUUACGGCUCUGGUGGACAGUCACAUACUAGACAUGUGUACUUACGCAGGAGGACUCUCAGGAUCAGCAUGGUAUCUGUCCCAAUUAUACUCUCAUCCAGACUGGCCAAAGAAAACCCCGGGGGAACUUCAGGAAGAACUAGGGAGGAACAUUGAACACAGUCCUUUCUGGCUUCUAAAACCACAGAGUCUGUAUACCUACGUCUCCAGGAUUGUACAGAAACGAAGACAGGGUCAACCGGUCAGUUUCACAGACUUCUUUGGCUGCUUAGUAGGAGACACAAUCCUCAAAAACAGACUUGAUUCCAAGUUGACAGAUCAGCAGAACAUCUUGAAGAAAGCUGAUGUUCCUUUGCCUUUGUAUACCUGCCUCCAUGUUAAAAAGAAUGUGUCUGCUGAAGUCUUUCAUGAAUGGAUGGAAUUUACUCCGUAUGAAAUUGGUCUACCUAAGUAUGGAACAUUUAUGAAAAGUCAGCUGUUUGGGAGCAAGUUCUUCAUGGGGCAGUUAGUCAAACAGUAUGAAGAGCCCCCUCUCCAUUUCCUCAUGGGUGUGUGGGGGAGUGCUUUCUGUAUACAGAUAUCCAGGUUGUUGAGGGACGACAAAAAAGUCACGUGUGAACAAGACAUAGCAGAGGACACAGAGCAGGAGAGGAAGGAAAUGGAAAAAGAACUACUACAAGAUCUGUCCACCCAGUCAGAUGAAGACAGCGACUCAAGUGAAUCAGACAGCGAGGAUUCAGAAUCACAGAAAAAACACAAAACAAAACCAAAAAAAGCCUUGAAAAUCAGCAAAAAGAAGACCUCAAGUAAACCCUCCUUCUGGAAGGACAUGUUUAAAAACCUGUACCAGAGCACCCGUGUACUGAAAUCCAUCGAGGGCCGAGCAGCCAAGGUUCACAGCUUUAUGAGGGGGUUGUCCAUGUCCAAUUGCUACCCUUUCUCACCAUUUGCUGAGCCCACCAGCAGUCCCUCAUUUGAUGAGCUUGAUGCAUCAUUCAGUGGUGCAAAUCCAUUUUCAAAGAUCUUUGAGUUGUAUCCCACAACAAUAAAGAAGCUGUACGUUGUUGAUGGGGGUCUUACCUUCAAUUCCCCCUACUCCCUUGUCCUUAGGCCCCAGAGGGAGGUGGACUUGAUUCUAUCAUUUGAUUUCAGUGCAAGGCCCAGUGACACAGCUUUGCCAUUUAAGGAAAUCAUGUUAGCUCAGCAGUGGGCUAAUCUGAACAAAGUGCCGUUUCCAAAAAUAGAUCCCAAAAUUGUUGAUGUGGAGGGUCGUAAGGAAUGUUAUGUGUUUGAGGACCCACAGGAUCCCAAGUGUCCAGUGGUCCUACACUUUGUGCUGGCCAACAUCAAAUUCAGAGAUGAGAUUAAGCCAGGUGUUCAGCGCACUACAGAUGAGGAGAAGGAAUUCGCAGAUUUUGACAUUUUUGAUGAUCCCCAGCAGCCAUACUCCACAUUUAACUUCAAAUAUCCCAAAAAAUCCUUUGAGAGAUUGACUAAACUUACAGAGUACAACACCUUGUUGUUUAGGGACCUCAUUCUAGAAAAAAUCAAGUUUUGUGUUCAGAGACGGCAGAAACAUUACCAGGACAUCAAAUGUCCAAUCAAACUAGGAGACAUUAGAAAUUUAUCAGUGUCAAGACAAAAUUCACUGAAUUUGAAGAGCUAUCUAGAGUCAAUUGAUGAGGAUUAACACACCUUAUUAACCGGUUAAGCAUUUUAAAAUGAAUGGCUGAAUUGUAUUUAAGUAGUGUUUUGUAUGCUAAUUUCCUUAAAUUAUUGAGCAACAGAUCUUUUUUUUUUCUUUCAUGAAAGACUAUUUAUUGAUCAUGUGUUUUUAAAUGUUUGCAUCAUUAGCUUGAUUGUGAUGUGUUUUGAAUUUUAUCUCAAGAUGAAUGUGUGAAUAUUUGAUUUUACCAGAGACCUUUAUCCAUGUAAUAUCAAUUUUUAUACUUGUUUGUAAGUUAAGUUGGUACUUCCUUGCAAAAAUGUUGAUGCAAAAUUUACUAAGUAUACUAAAUGUACAGGUACAUAUAUGUAUAUGGUGAGUGUUCAAUUUUUUAGUGCCAUUUUGUAUUUCAUAACUGUAUUUAUCUUGGUCAUAUUAUAAUCUCAUAUUUUAAUUAGUUAUUGAACAAAUUGUUGAAAAAGUUUACUCAAAGAAAGUACAGUCAAACAUCAUUAUCUUGAAUUCAAUGGGACCUAGAAAAAAACUUCAAAAUAUCUGAGGAUUUGAGAUGUUGAAGGUAAAUAAGUGAUUGGGACUUCCAACUCGAUCACUUCAAAAAAUCCAUGGUAUUCGAGAUAUCGAUAUUCAAGAUACCGAAAUUCAAUUACACAAGAUACCGAAAUUCAAUUACUUUUCCUUACAAGUGUAGUUUUAUUGUAAAUUUUGGUUUGCCAUGCAUGUAGAAAAUUGCCAAGCUCUUGUCAGAAUUUUUAGUCAAUUUAUAUUAAAUCCAUUAUGAUAAUUGUCCAUAUAAUAUCAAGCUAAAUAACAGAUUCAAUAAUUUAAUUUUUGAGUAAAAUAUUUAGCAUACUUUUAAAAUGUUCCAAUUCCAAAAAGUACCAAAAGAGAUAUUUGAAACUGUAAAAUGGGCAAGCCAGUCCUGCAUGGUUUCUUUAACAAAAUUUUAGAGUAAUUUACCUCAACCUCAAAAAUUGUUUACCACAUUAAUUUUCUAGCUGCUGUUUAUGAUUUGUGUAUGUAUUUUUUUUUUCAGGCAACCCUCUCAUUUGUCAUGAUAAUCAAAAAUCAACAUUUUUAGCUCACCUCAACGAAGUUGGGGGAGCUUAUGUAAUACCCCCGGCGUCGGCGUCCCAGGUUAAGGUUUUGGGAACAGUUUUCUUUUCAAGUACUUCUAUGGCCUAUAUUAGUCAGAGAUGCAUGGAGGAUGCUUCUAGUGUGUUUCAUUGUACCAGUCAAGGUUUCAGAUGCUGCAAUUUCAGCUAAAGAAUGACCAGAUUAAUGUUUUUGGAGCAGGUUAAAGUUUUUGGAGCAGGUCUCAUUUCCAAGAAACUAUAAGCCCUAUAUUGACCAAACUUGCAUGGAUGAUACAUCUAAGGAUGCACACUACUGGACUUGCUUCGGAUGCUGGAUCUGACCUGUAUUUUCCGGAUGAGUGACCAGGUUAAAGUUUUUGGAGCAGAUUUCAUUUCCAAGUAACUAAAAGCCCUAUAUUGACCAAACUUGCAUGGAUGAUACAUCUAAGGAUGCACACUACUGGACUUGCUUCGGAUGCUGAAUCUGACCUAUAUUUUCCGGAUGAGUGACCAGGUUAAAGUUUUUGGAGCAGAUGUCAUUUCCAAGUAUCUAUAAACCCUAUAUUGACCAAACUUGCAUGGAUGAUACAUCUAAGGAUGUACACUACUGGACUUGCUUUGGAUGCUGGAUCUGACCUAUAUUUUCUGGAUGAGUAACCAGGUUAAAGUUUUUGGAGCAGAUGUCAUUUCCAAGUAACUAUAAACCCUGUAUUGACCAAACUUGCAUGGAUGAUGCAUCAAGGGACCAACAAUCUCAAAACUUGCUUCAGAUGCUGGAUUUGACUUAAAUUUUCUGGAUGAGUGACUACAUGUAGUUUUAAGUUUUCAGAUAAGUCUAUUCCCAAGUAACUGCAAGCCCUAUCAGACCAAAAUUGCAUAAAUGUUGCAUCUAGGGAUGCACACUCCUAGAUUAUUAGUUUAGUGUGGGACUUUGCCUUACUUAAAGACAACAUUUGUUGAGGUGAGCUCUGUAAUCUCUGAUUACCUAUAUUUUAAUUCAUCAAAUCAUCAGUGGCGGAUUUAAGGGGGGGGGGGGGGCGCACCCGUCAAAGUUAACGUAAAUCAUAGUUUCGUCGAGAAAAUGUAAAAAUAUCUACUCGGUAGACCUCUUUUUUACCUUACAAAAUCUCUAAAAUCCAGGAGCUUCCGGGGGCUUCGCCCCCCUGGCCCCCCACCAGGGCUUUGCCCUGGACCCACUGGGAGCCUCAAGGCGGCCCCCAGACCCCUGCCUACUUUUUGCCCCCCCCCCCAACUUCAAUUCCUGGAUCCACCCCUGAUCAUAGAUUGUCAAACUCAUUGUAAAGUAGAGACAAAAUUGAUAUUGCUAGAAUUUACACCAAAUUUCUCACACCCAUCAAAAACUUUUUUACCAAGUCUAGUCAAACUGAGUCAAAGAAAGAAAGAUUCAUUUUUCAUUAAUUCCAUUUAUCUUGUAAUUGACCCCUCUAAAAUUUUUCAAAAUACUAACCAUGGCCACAAAGGACUAGAUAGGAUAAGAUCCCUUUUUUGCCCCUGGUUUUGGGUGCCUUUGAAAACAAUGUUUUAUUUUCAAAAACCUGUCAUCAUCUCUGUUACAGAAUGAGUUUUGAAUCUAAGUGAAAGGAUACACAGAGGUUAUAGGAAGGUCACAAAAAUGUGUCCAUAUCUGAGUUUUCUCAUUUUUAUGAAAAUUGUCAUCAAUUUUAAUUAAUGCACAUUUUGCUUCAGAAAACACAGAGUACAAGAUUGCCUAUCUAUCAAAUUUAUAUAUUUCACUCAAUAGUGUCUGAUGCAUUUUGUGUGUGAAAAUUUCAGAUAGGCAAGCUUGUGUUCUGUUUCCUGAAGUAAAAAUUAUCUCAAAUUGGACAAAAUUCCACCAGAAUUUCCAUAUAUGCAUUGAAUCAAAAUAAGUGCUGGUUUUAAAACAAGCAUCAUUUAAAUAUUUUAAUUGCAAAAAAUCACAAUUUUAACUGUUUUUAUUUUUAUUUUUAUAUCAUAUACAGGGCCAAAUUUGGCCAUUGUCAUACCUUGUCCUUUCCCAAAUACAAGUAAUUGAAAUUCAGUUUUAAUGAGUCGGUCAUUGUUUUAGAUCUACGUUGUUCAAACUUGUGUUUUUUGUUUAAUAUCAUCUUUAAACCAACUGAUUAAAGUAUUACAUGGACAGUUUGUUGUUAGUGAAUUAAGAAUAAUAAGUAUUAAUAAAACCAAAAUAGUUUGUGUGUUCA